GCGGUUGAAGGAGAGAAACAAGAGCAGAAACACAGACUCGCGAGUUUAAUAAUCAUCAUCAUGCAGAAUAAAGAGAACAGGGAACCCAGAGCUCUGCCUGCACCGGUGGCUGCUGUUGUUCCUCUCAGAGUUGAAGUGAAUCAAGACACACGGGCUGUUACAGGUCCUGGGAGAGUUCCUGUGAAGUCACUCACAAAGAAGUUCUCUGUGAAGAACUUCGACAUCGGCCGUCCGCUGGGGAAGGGCAAGUUUGGUAACGUGUACCUGGCGCGCGAGCGGAAGCUGAAGGUGAUCGUGGCUCUGAAGGUGCUCUUCAAGUCUCAGAUGGAGAAGGAAGGUGUGGAGCAUCAGCUGAGGAGAGAGAUCGAGAUCCAGUCUCACCUCCGGCAUCCCAACAUCCUGCGCUUCUACAACUACUUCCACGACAACACCCGAGUGUUUCUGGUGCUGGAGUACGCUCCUCGAGGAGAGAUGUAUAAAGAGCUGCAGCGCUGCGGACGCUUUGAUGACCAGCGCUCGGCCACCUACAUGGAGGAGCUGGCCGAUGCUCUUCUGUACUGUCACGAGAAGAAGGUGAUCCACCGAGACAUUAAACCUGAGAACCUUCUGCUGGGGUACAGAGGAGAGCUGAAGAUCGCAGACUUCGGUUGGUCCGUCCACGCUCCAUCUCUCAGGCGGAGGACGAUGUGUGGCACUCUGGACUAUCUUCCUCCAGAGAUGAUCGAGGGUCACACACACGAUGAGAAGGUGGAUCUGUGGUGUAUCGGGGUGCUGUGUUACGAGUGUUUGGUGGGGAACCCUCCGUUCGAGACGGCCAGUCACACCGAGACAUACAAGCGCAUCACUAAGGUGGAUCUUCAGUUCCCGAAGGUGGUUUCUGAGGGCGCUCGAGACCUGAUCUCCAAGCUGCUGCGUCACAGUCCCGUCAUGCGUCUGCCGCUGCGGAGCGUCAUGGAGCACCCGUGGGUGAAAGCCAACUCCCGCAGGGUGCUGCCGCCCGUCUGCAACACGCAGCGCUGACACUCAAGGACCUGUUUGAGACACCGGUCUGCUCCAUUAAUUGGUUACAAACGUGUUAAUUUGUGACCGUUGAUGAGCCCAGAUGUAAAUGAACUCUAAAGCUCGUUUCCUUCUGUUUUACGCUGUCUUGUCGCUUUAGUUCUGCUGUUCUGUUCAUAUUCAUGUUGUUUUACUGUCUAUGUCUGUUUUAUGAAACUAUUAAAUCUAAUCAGAUGUUUUAAGGA